GCGCGCGAGGCUGAGGCGCAGGUUCCGGACGCUGGGGAGCAGCAGGCACGGGCGUGAGGGGAGGCCGAGGGCAGGCCGCGCGCCGUGGGGCGCUGGUGUGACAGUGUUUAGAAGCAGCUCUGGUUUUCCUCUGCCUGAUUGCUGAGACACAUAGUGGGAAAAUAUGAGUAAUUCUAAGCAGCAGCUACUGUUCUUCGUCACACUUCCAGAUUUACAAAAGCUCUGUGCUGUCAGAUUCAUACUGAGUAAUGGUGUAACAGAUACUGAGAUGAGGAGUACACAGAUGAAGAUGUGCAGGCAGUUGCUGUUUUUGCAUCAGGAGAUUCUUACAUCACCUGUGCCAGGACUGUUAAAUCAAAUUUGGGUGGUGAUGGCGAUACCAUUUUAUAAAGCUGGAAAACUUAAUGCUUAUACUGAAAAAUAUGGAGCUAAGGUAGAGGCUCCACAAAGAGUAAUUCCUGUAAUUCUUCAAAACUGCCUUUCAUAUUCAUUGACUGCCAGACUUGCUCCAGCCUGGAACAGAGCUGGACAUCUCUUGGUACAAGGUAGAGAUUUUCUUUCUCAGAUAGGAAAGCAAAGUGCUGUUGUGUUAGACAUCAAUGUAACAGAAACUCAAGUUUGUCUAAGUAUAGAAGCUUAUACAGUUAGACUGCCACCACCUGAGCUAGAAGAGUUUAAUAUUUCUCAGAGUAUUAUAAAAGACUUUCUUACUAACAAGAAUGCUGUCAUUGCAAGUCAUUCCAUCUUAAGCAGCUGGUGCUACAUUUUGCCAAGUAUGAAAAUGGGACAAAUAACAAAUAUUCUUCAUACCAUCCCCACUGACUGUCCUUUGCACUCAUAUGAAGAUUUACGGAUGCACUGGGAUGACCUGUAUGGCUACAGACUUCCAGAAGAUUGUGGAAAUGUUAAGACAUACUGCAGCAUCUACUUCAAGAUGAUUGGAGAAAAGACUUUUACAUACCCUCUCAGUUGCAUCAGAAGCCAGCCCAUACAGUUCUUUCCAAGGGUAGACCUGGAAACUGUGUUGAAAAGUUUUCUUUCAGAUUUGAAAUCUAAACUGCCUCAUAUAUGUGGAUUUCCCAUAAAGAUGACAAAUAAACCAUGCUACUACACACAGGAACUAAUUAAACCUCAUUUCCAGGAAAACAAAGUCAAGCCACCCAAUUUGACCACUAAACAUCUGUUCAGGACUUGUAUGACUCAAGCCACUUCCAGAACACCUGCCCUGGCUCCAACUCUUCCACCAUGUUCAGUAGCAGUGGGCCACAAGGGGGCACUUUUGAGCAGCCAGCCAAAGCCAGGCAUUUUCUCAGCUUCACAUUCUCAGCCAGAGGCUGUUUCUGGGAGAAGGAUACCUGGGUCUAACCAGGUACCACAAGAACAUUUGGAAAUGUCAAAGCCCAGCAGAGAAAAUGCUCAAGCUAAUCACACCAAUCUCAGUUCCCAAAGUAAAAUCACCCCUAAAUUUGUGCCAAUUUUCAAAACCAAAUUGUUACAGACAAACAAAAACGAGUCAGCAUUUGGCAAACUGAAAACAAAACACACUGUUACAGAAUAUAAAUCAUUUUCAAUUAAAACUACCAUGAUCCAGGACAAUAAGCUGAAUUUAGGUCCAGCUAUUAAAAAAGGGUCUAAUAGUAACAUUCAGAUGCAUGCAAGAAAUGUAAAUCAGAAGAGUUCCACACCUCGGCGAGAGAAAGACACCAAGUCCCUAAAGAUGACCAAGUAUUCUUUUUCUAAUGCAACAUCAAGUGUUCAUUUAAAUCAAAGUAAGCAGCCACCUAGUAAUGCAGUAUUUCAAAUAUCAAAUAAUUUAGGUGUGAUAAAAAGUGCUACUAACUUCCCAUUGAACGGAAAAGAAAAUUUAACAAGCAAACACACAGCACAAAUCUUAGGGAAGGGCCAUGAGUCAUUAAAGAUAAAAAGACAACCACAUAUUUUUGAAUCAGACACAGAAACAGAUGAUUCACAGAUACUACAUCAACAGUCAGCAAAUCAAACUGAGGAUUUUGAUAGCAGACCAGUCCACAGACCUAAAAGGAAAUUACGUUUGCAAUCUUCAAAACCACCCAAGAAGCAUCACUCUAAUACUACCCAUUAUGGGCAGUCCAGUUCUCCUAGGAACCAGAUACAUGAGUUGGAUAAAUCAAAACCUAAGAAAUCUCGCAUCAUUCCUAAAGCUUAGAUCAUGGACAUAAAGAAAGAAAUUUUCUACCAGGGGAUGGCGUUGUAGCAUAACGGGUUAAGUUGCCGCCUGCAGUGCCGUUAUGCUGUGUGGGCGCCAGUUUGAGUCCUGGCUUCUCUACUUCUGAUCCACCUCCCCACUAAUGUACCUGGGAACGCAGCGGAAGAUGGCCCAAGUUCUUGGGCCCCUGCACCCAUGUGGGAGACUCAGAUGAAGCUCCUGGCUCCUGACUUCUGCAGCCAUUUGGGGAGUGAACCAAUGAAUGGAGGAUCCCUCUCCCCCACGUAGCUCUGCCUUUUGAAUAAAUAAAAUAAAUCUUUAAAAAAAUUCCAUGUUCAGAAGAGGUUCUGUCCAGAUUUCUCUGCUUAGAUUUACUAGAGAAAUCAGUGAAGAUGUUGGUUCAUUUUAAAAUUGCAAUUUUGAAAGCCAAGAUAAUUCUAAUUAAGGAAAGCUAAGUUUUACUUCGUUGUCUAAGAUCUGAUGAUUUAUAUGCAGAACAGAUCCCUUUCCCCCCUCAAAAAAUUCUUCACAUUCCAGAUGUACAUUAUUUUUAGAAGCAUUAUGGUUUUAACCAUAAAUAAGUGAUUUUGUUUUCAUACAUCCAGACACUCUUAUUAAGAAAUCAGUCAUUGCAUUAAAAGGCCGUUGGCAAAGGGCCAAAACAAUGCUAAGAAUCAUAUUUAUAGAAUGUAAAAAAUGCUUCUCAUGUACUGCUCAUAUAUUAAGUUUCUCAGUAUUUGUGGCUUACCAGUAAAUUUUUAUUUGUAUUUUCAUGUUAGAAUCAACUGUGUACUUUAUUGCUUAAUAUAUAAAAAAGAUGAAAAAAUUUGGGCUUGUCAGUGUUUAGCUUUCAUUUGACCAACUAGCUUCCUAACCAGUUUUUACUGUCUAUUUUCAAAUUACAUAUGAUUUGGUGUUAUUCUAUCACUGCCAAUAUAUUAUUAAUUGACACUUAAGAAUGGUCAGUAUUUAUAAAUAUUCAA